AUGGAUGAGCGUUCUGGGACCGGCGUGAUGGCGGAGAGCAGCCAGCUGGAGCAUCCCGGCCUGGAUAAAGCAGCCGGGGAGGAAUUCCUGCGGGAAGCCUUCCAGGUCCUGCUGGACGAAGCCGUGCGGAAGGGGACGGACGUGACCGAAAAGGUCUGCGACUGGAAGGAGCCCCGGGAGCUGCGGGAGCUGCUGGACCUGGAGCUGCGGAGCGACGGGGAGCCGCCGGAGAAGCUGCUGGAACGCUGCCGGGACAUCAUCCGCUACAGCGUCAAAACCUCCUGCGGGGCAGGGAGGGCUCCCCCGGUUACUGGCCGAGCUUGGGAAGGUGAGGGCGUCUCCCCCACGGCGCAGGUGGCUCCCGCCAUCAAGGAGAGGAUGAUGAGGAAGGGGUCGAUGAUGGUGAGCUACCAGCCCCACGGCGCCAAGGUCAACUUCUCCCGGCAGAUCGUCCCCACCCCCGCCGUCACCAGGGACGACCUGGAUUUCUUCCUGGAUGAGAUCGAGAGGCUGGGACGGGAUCUGUGAGGACCCCGGGGCACCCCAUAAACCCCCUCCCCCCUGCCCGGAGACCCUCCCGGCCCCGAGGAAGAGGAGCGGAGCCCAGUUUUCCUCCCGGCUCCCGCGUCCCACCUUAGAUUCGGAAUAAAGGCGGGCAGGGCUCGGCACCCAACCCCAAGAACGCCCCGUGGGGCACGCGGGU